AUGAUCAUCAUUCCGUGGACAGUUGAUCAAUUAUUUAAUUGGAGUAACAUUAUUGUUAUAGGCUGGCUUGCAUUAAUAUUUGCACCUUUUCACAAAUUAUCAAAAUACUUAAUUUUUUUAUCAGCUUUUCUUUUAUCACUAUUGUAUACAUUAAUAUUGUUUCAAACAUUAUUCUUUCGAAACUCGAAUAAUCCAUUAUUCAAUGUUUUUCAAUUAUCAGGAUGGUUCGAUUUAUUGAAAGAUCCAUUAUUAGUCAUUGGUACCAUUAAUCAUUUGCAUGUUAUGGAUUUAUGGAUUGGUCGUUGGAUGGUGUACGAUUUUUAUAGUGGAUAUAGUUUUGCUUAUAGUAUUACGAGUAAUGCAAAUGGCAGACAUUAUAUCGAUAGAUCGUGGACAUUUGGACGAAUUGUUUUUACUGGAAUUCUUUUAACAACUUUUAUGGCAGCACCGUUUGGAUUUUUAUUGUAUACAAUGGCCAAAGUUACCUUUUUGAAAAAAUAUCGAAUUGAAGGUCGAAUUCAUAUGAAAAAUUAUCAAGACUUCAUUGAAAAAUCGCAUAUGUAUCAAAUUCAAACUGAUUUAUUCAAUCCUCAUUACGUUCGAUUUGGUGAUAAUUUUUCGAAAUUUCUACGUAAAAUCUACCAUUUUGCACUCGGUAUACUUGGAUUGUUGGUCUUAUUCUUUUUUACUUUGCCAGUUUACAUUAUAUUAAUCAUUUAUUGCCGUAUUACUUAUCGAACUCCAUCGGCAUUAAUACAGCAGCUAGAUGCAAAGUCACAAGCAAUUCCAAACAAGAGAAUUCCUGAAUAUGUUCGUAAUGUUACAGCAACAAUGAGAUUAAAGUUAAUUACAACAUCAAUGGCUAAAAGAAAUUUUAUUUGGCAUUUAAAAUUUUUGCUUUUACAAUUAGCAAUAUUUAUUGAAUAUAUUCUAAAUGAAUCGAAUCCAAAUGCAUUAUUCCAUGCAUUAGAAGAUUAUUUUUCAAAAGUUUACGAUCUACCAUAUUUUAUAUUUGGCGAUGGUAUUGGUGUUGGUUCAUAUGAAUUAGUGAAACGAUAUAUACAAGAUAUUCCACCGUGUAAAGGUUUUGAAUCGUUAGGCUGGAAAGUUUCUUCAUCUCAACAAACAUUUUGUGAUUUAACGACUGUAUUUCUCUCAUCAGAUAAUCCAAAUAUGAAACUAAGUCGUCAUAUUAUUUUUCAAUGGCUACAUGCCUUUCCUCAUCAUCUAUUCAAGGAAGAUUCUGAAGCACGACUUCAUUUAUCUAGAAUUGUACCACGUAAAAUCGAUGAACAACCAAGCAAAUAUAUCGUAUAUCAAGCAAUCGGUGAAGUCAUGUUUUUCUUGGCAACGGAUGGUGAAUUAAGAAAAAAUGAACGAAUUGCUUUUAUUGAUUGUGUCGAAAAACCAUUUAUAUUUUUUCCGAAUUGGUUCAAUUUCUUAUUAUUUGGACAUUAUUUCGAACGAAAAACUUUACAAAGUUAUUACACACUACUUCAAGCAUUUGCACGACACAUUGAUGGAUCAGCAUUAUGUGCUGCUUUUACUGCAGCCGACAAUCAAAAAUCAAAAUCUGAAGUAUUAAAAUUAAUUACUAUCGUAUUUUGUGUUGCAGGAAGUAUUGCUCCAUCUAAAUUAGCAGUAACUGUUAUCGAAAGAUUAUGGUCAAAUCCAGAAAAAUAUGUUCAUUUAUUUCGAAAAAAUCCUCACAAUUUUAUUAAAGAAUGUGCACGACUUGAUAAAGUUGUACCAAUGGUAAAUGUUUUAGCCACACAUGAUAUUGCUAAUGAAAUCGAAAAUGAAUUUAAGCAGAAAAAUGAAAAUAUCAAUAUUUAUCCGAAUACACCUAUUCAUUGUUCAAUAGUCAAUGCAAAUCGUGACAAAACAAUAUUUCAAAAUCCUAAUGAUUUUAUGCCAGAAAGAUCUGAUUUGAAUAAAAUUAUUGUAUGGAAUGGUGUCGAGGAAGACAUUAUGAAUGUCGAUAAAACAAAACGACCAGUACGCUAUUGUCCAGGACACGAUCUAUCACUCGAUGUUAUUCAAUAUGUAGCUGAACGAUUUGCACCACCUUCAUUUGAUACUAAUGACAAUUAUGAUUUAGAGAAAAAAGGUAAAUCUUCUAUUAAUCACUAA